UCCAGCUGCUUGGAAGCUCUAGCAUAACAAGCUUUUCCUGUGGUGAGCUGUGGGACGUGCAGCUAGGGCACAUUUCAGGAUUGCCUUCAGAAACACUGCUCAGUAGCAGCAGUCCCCGUGCUGAAAAGAUUUGGAAUCGUUUUAAAUCACCAGUCUAUCAGCUGCCUGCUGUGAACAUAACUUGAUCAGUCACUACUAGGAAGAUGUAACUAUGACAAAGUACUCUUGGAUUUGAACACUCCAAAUGCCGAAAUGAUUUGGCAACUAACAUCUCAUUGGUCAGCCCUGCUCACACCCCUGAUUUUUGGUCUGCUUCUGCAAGCACCAUGCACACAGCCUUCCACCAUCACACAGCCAAACUUUGUCCUGCUGCUGGCUGAUGAUCUUGGCAUAGGGGAUGUAGGUUGCUAUGGGAAUGAUACCAUCAGGACCCCGAACAUUGAUCGCCUGGCAAAGGAAGGAGUGAAGCUGACCCAACACAUCGCUGCAGCUCCACUUUGCACCCCCAGCAGAGCAGCUUUCCUCACUGGCAGAUAUCCCCUCCGAUCAGGGAUGGAUGCUACAAACGAUUACCGUGUUAUAUUUUGGAAUGCUGGCUCAGGAGGGCUUCCUCCAAACGAAACCACUUUUGCCAAAAUACUGCAGCACCAAGGCUACAGCACAGGACUGAUAGGGAAGUGGCAUCAAGGUGUUAACUGUGAAUCCCGCAAUGACCAUUGCCAUCACCCUUUAAAACAUGGAUUUGACUAUUUCUAUGGGAUGCCUUUUACACUAAUAAGUGACUGUGAGCCAACAGAGACACCAGAGAUGGACAGAGCCUUUAGAAGGAAACUCUGGCUUUCCACUCAAGUGGUUGGUCUCAUUACACUCACUGCUGUCCUUGGAAGACUGACAGGCUUGAUUUCAGUCCAUUGGAAAACACUGACCUGCCUUGCUGGGUUUAGUCUCCUGUUCUUCAUAUCCUGGUUCUCAAGUUAUGGAUUUGUACGGUACUGGAACUGCAUUAUGAUGAGAAACCAUGGAAUUACUGAACAGCCAAUGGUGAUGAACAGAACUACAUCCCUUAUCUUGAGAGAAUCCAUUUCAUUUAUUGAAAGAAAUAAACACAAGCCAUUCCUCCUCUUUCUUUCCUUUUUGCAUUCCCACACCCCUCUCCUCACCACAGAGAAGUUUCUUGGGAGGAGCAGGCAUGGUUUAUAUGGAGACAAUGUUGAGGAGAUGGACUGGAUGGUGGGCCAGGUUCUAGAUGCUAUUGACAAGGAAGGCUUGAAAGAUACUACACUGGUUUACUUUGCCUCUGACCAUGGUGGAUGGCUGGAAAGACAAGAAGGUGAAAGGCAGCUGGGUGGCUGGAAUGGGAUAUACAAAGGUGGAAAAGCUAUGGGAGGCUGGGAAGGAGGAAUCCGUGUCCCAGGGAUAUUUAGAUGGCCAGGAGUGUUACCUGCAGGCACAGUUAUUGAUGAACCUACAAGCCUUAUGGAUAUUUAUCCUACGGUAGUUCAUUUGGCUGGAGGGACAGUGCCUCAGGACAGGGUGAUCGACGGCCGGGACCUGCUGCCUUUGCUGCGGGGAGCGGCGGCGCGCUCGGAGCACGAGUUCCUGUUCCAUUACUGCGGCGUUCACUUACACGCCGUGCGCUGGCACCAGAAGGACACUGGAGCUGUUUGGAAGGCUCAUUAUGUGACUCCCAUCUUCCGUCCUCCCGGAGCUGGAGCUUGCUAUGACAGAGGAUUUUGCCCGUGUUUUGGGGAAGGAGUGACCCAUCAUGAGCCCCCACUGCUGUUUGAGCUCUCACAAGACCCUUCUGAAGCCAAACCUCUCUCUGCUGACACAGAGCCCCUCUUUGACACUGUCAUAAGGAAGAUUGGCAGAGCCAUCGAGGAGCAUCGCAGGACGCUGACUCCAGUGCCAGAGCAGCUCUCUGUGGCCAAUGUGGUGUGGAAGCCGUGGCUGCAGCCAUGCUGUGGAACAUUCCCAUUCUGUUGGUGUGAUAAGGAGGAUGAUAAUAAACUUGUUGACCUAUAAAGGAUAGAACCAGAUAUUUUCUCAAAAAUGUAUUUAGAUUAAGAGUGUUUCCUUUGGGGGUGUUGACCCAUGGGUCAUUUGUUUCUCUAAACUGAGCCUUUAUAAAAUAAUUGUUCCAGUGAAUGGCACAGUAUUUAAUAAAGGUAGCUUUAAGCUGGACACUCUCAGGGAGGUAUUAAGAUGGAUGAUAUGAAGACCAUGUUUUAACUGGCAUCUGUUGACAAGUGAAUGAAUAGUUCAAAUGCACUGAAGGAAGCCAAGAUUAGAGCUGCACAAGUAAUGAUUCUGAAUGUAUAAUUGGAAGCUUUCCUUUGGGUUCUUGUGCUCAAUUUCUAAGUGAUUCCUGGACUGAGGUCUCCUUUAACUUUGUUUUCCUUAUCUCCCUUUUCUUAUCCUGGCAAUGCAUUUUGUUAUCCUUAUCUCUCCUUUUGUUAUCCUCGCAAUGCAUAAGGUGACCUUAUAAUAAAUUUUUGCAGACCGUUGCUUCCAAAAUAAUUAUAAAGUAGUCUUGCCUGCAGUUCCUCAAAAAGUCUUUCUUAGGAGAGGCUUUUUUCUUCCCUUGUAGCUAGUGACUCCAGCAGAAGUGAUGGCAGUUGAUUGGCCUGGGCAAGGCAUAGAGCUUGGAAACGUGACAAGCUGGGCAGUGGCUGUCUGCUCUGUCUGAGAAGGGUGGGACUCCUCUGGUUGGAGUCAAGCUAUUUUGAUGAAGAAAUAAACAAAAAGAUUAUCUUUUUCCAAGCCCUUAUGCCUCCAGCUCCCUAAACAGCACUGGCAAGGGCCUUUUGACAUUGAUGGCCACAGUAGUGUCACACUGAUAACCAGUUCAGUCAUUUGGGCACAGGACGGCACAAAUUACCCUGCAGCCCAGAUCUCAGUCAUAGAUGUUUCCUUCUGACAGUGUUCACAUAUGACCCUUUGAAAGAUGCUGAACAAUAAUUAUGAAAACAAGCAAUAAUUUGCUAUGAAAAAAAAGAAAUGGAGAAUUAAGGUAUUUUUUGCUUCACAAGUUACAUUUUCACUCCACCAAAGAGUUAGAAUUACUUAGCUUAAAAUCUCUUUGCUUUUGUGCUUUGUUUGCUGCAGUUCUUUCCUUCUUUGUAUUAAAAUAGAUGUUCUUAAUUAA